ACCCUUCUUUUUUGUCCCUCGGCGGCUCCCGUCGCUUUCCCGGAAGUGGCGGCGGCGGCGGCGGGGCGCGGCCAUGGAGCCCUGGGUGCGCUUCAGCGCCCAGAGCCAGGCCCGGGAGCGGCUCCUCAGGGCCGCUCAGUACGGCUGCGCCCUGGCCGGGGCAGCGCUGCGGAGGAACGGGGCGAGCGCCGAGCUCCUGGCGCGGGUCCGGCAGCUGGAAGCACACCUCAGCCUGGGCCGAAAACUGCUGCGCCUGGGGGGCUCGGCCGAGGCGCUGGAGGCGGCCAAGCGAGCCAUCCACCUGUCGGACGCCGUGCUGCGCUUCUGCCUCACCCUCAGCCACCUCAACAGGGCUCUCUACCUGGCCUGCGACAACGUCCUCUGGGCCGGCAAGGCGGGCUUGGCCCCCGCCGUGGAUCAGGAGAAGUGGAGCCAGAGGUCCUUCAGGUACUAUCUCUUCGCCCUGAUCGUCAACCUGAGCCGGGACGCCUACGAGCUGCGGGUGCUGAUGGAACGCGAGGCCAACGGGAAGAGGCUGAAAGGCUCCGAGGGAGGCAGCAGCAGCAACGCAGCACCGCCCCGAGGCCGGGCUCCAGCAGCUGGGCUGAGGCUGCAGCUGGAGCUGCGGCUGCUGCUCCGCGUCCUGCGCAGCAACCCCCCCCUGCUGCUGGAUUUGCUGAAAAACGCCUGCGACCUCUUCAUCCCCCUGGACAAGCUGGGGCUGUACCGGAGCAGCCCGGCUUUCGUGGGGCUGUGCGGCCUCGCCUCCUCCGUCCUCUCCAUCCUCACCAUCCUGCACCCCUGGCUCAAGCUGAAGCCGUAGCCGAUUUUGGGGGCCCCGUGGUUGGGCUCCCCGGCUCGAAACCAGCCUGGGGACGUUUUGGGGGGGCGCUGGGGCACGCCACAAAGCUGCUGUGGGGCCUGGGUGUGCAUUCACCGAGGGGCAGAGCGGCUCGGGGCGGGCUGAAGGA